AUGUCCAUACGUGAAGCGGAGUCUGAGCCUCUCUUUGGAAACGUCCGACUCAUCUUAGACUCCAUCUUUGCCAUCUCACUAGGUCUUGCUUCUCCUGUCAUUACUGGAGGUUUCACCAAGCAGUCCAAGAUGGCUGGUGCGCACCUCGUUAUGCUUGGAAUCAAUCAGGGGGUGGUUGAGAAUGUGAUGACGUGGCUCGGCAAACAAUUGACGAUGAGACACCCCAGACUGCCUUGGACAAGAAUUCAAGAUACAUCCAACGGAAAAAGGGAUUGGAAUAGAAUUAGAAGUCGUAAGGCUUCCUCCCAACGGAGGAGGAGGAGGGAGGAGGGGUUCCCUGCAGCACAAAAAGGUCAAGGUUUGAUCACUCUGAAGAAAAAGUCAAGCAAGGCAUUACUCUGGGAGAGAUGGUGGCAUAGUCCAUUUAUGAGUCUAGGAACGAGCGCGAUGACGACUGAAGGCAGAAGAGCUCAUGCUCUAAGAAACCAAAGUCAGCGCGCUGCCAUCAGGGUGGACAGAAGAUACCUUGAGAAACGCGAGUCUCAUUUUGGAAGCUUCACAGGCACUGACAAAUUGCGGGAUACACCCUUUGGGUACAUGGUCGCUGGCGACGUCGUCGUCAGGGUCCUCCUCGCUGACAGAGGCGCUCGGCUGCGCUCGAGAUUAAACACCGAAGUACGAUUGAGACGAGACGAACUUUGGCUUGUGGUGAAGUGUGAUAUUCUGCAAAAUGUUGUCGCUGAGGAUCGAUACGUUUUCCCUGCGAUGGUGCCAAGUGUGGCAGGCAAGCGACCGCCAACGCGAGCGACAAACAUGGCUCUUUGGGAGGGCGAGGUUCAAGGAUGUCGUUCAACAUGA